GCUGUCUAAGGCUGUGAUUGUGUUUUGUGGUCAAUGUGUCAAGUCUGAAUGUCUGAUUAUUCUGAUUCUCAAUCUGUCUAAUAAAAAUAAAAUAUUGCCCGACGUCAAUGUGUGAGGUUUUCAUUAGUAAUGAAGAAAAAAUAUUAAUUUUCCUUGAAAAUUUACCAAAUACACGGUAUCUUUCAACGAAUUAUCAUCAUUCUGAAACGUAAAUGAUCUAAUCCUUACUUCCUUGGUGUUUUUUGUAGAUUUUUAACAAUAACAAAUUAGAUAUGGAUGAACAAAGCCCCGAAGUUACAUUUUUGUUUCAAUUUGGUCUUAUGAGAGAUGCUGUAACAGUACCACAGUCUUCCCUAAAUCUAAGAACUAUCAAACAUCUUGCAUAUAACUUCCUGAAUUCUAAGAUACCCGACCAUGGAGUUAAUAAACUAGAGGACAGGCUAUUGUUAUUUCGCCACGUUUAUAAUUCUAAUAACAUAUUGCAAUUAAUCAAUUCUGCUUCAGACAUUACUGAUGAAACUCUAAUCGAGAUUGUAUUAACUGGAAAAGUGUUGACCGAUUCUUUGGUUUCUGAAAUAACGGUAGUAAGACCUCAUGCUCUUUCUGUUCAUUCAUACAAAACUCCAACAUUUUGUGAUUUCUGUGGGGAGAUGCUCUUUGGGCUAGUUAGACAAGGACUUAAAUGUGAUGGUUGCGAUCAAAAUUACCACAAGCGUUGUGUCGGAAAAGUUCCCAAUAACUGUUCUUAUACAUUGCCAGAAGAAAAACAGCGACGAAAGUCGGCCAAUCUUCAAGUACCUCGUAGUCCGUCAGGUGGUUCAAACACAUCCCUCGCUUCAGCCAAUUCCACUCAAACUGAGGAUAGCGGCUUGAGUAACAACAGAUCACCUACUCUGGGAGGUCGGCCGGUUUGGGUUGAAAAGGAACUGUCGUCCAGAGUGAAAAUCCCGCACACAUUCGUCCUACACAGUUAUACCAGACCGACUAUUUGUCAGUACUGUAAAAAAUUACUCAAGGGGUUGUUUAAGCAAGGCUUACAAUGUAAGGAUUGCAAUUAUAAUGCUCACAAAAAAUGUGUCCCGAAGAUUCCUAAAGACUGCACUGGUGAACUUCCAAGAGAUGCCUCAGGAAAUUUCGAAUAUGUUGACAGUUGUGUUAGCAGUGAUAGUCAUUAUAAUUCAACGUUAGAGGAAGAUGAUCAGGAGACCUUAAAAGAUUCAUUGUCAUCGGAAAAUGGUAACAAUAAAUAUAUUGAAGUCAUUCCUGUGCGUGAUGAUGAUGCUGAUUUCACUCCAUCAACUUCCUCUUCUCCAAGUGCCAACAUUCCACUACAACGAAUAGUCCAAUCUGUAAAACAUACUAAACGAAGAGGUUCAAAAGUUAUCAAAGAAGGUUGGUUAGUCCACUUCACCAACAAAGAUAAAAUGGUACGAAGACAUUUUUGGCGACUAGAUACAAAAUCAAUUGUGCUAUUUCAAAGUGAACAAAGUUCCAAAUACUACAAAGAAAUACCACUCUCUGAGAUUUUGACAAUAGAUACAGCAAGACUCAAGCAAGGAGAAUAUAUGCAUUGUUUCGAGGUAAGAACUGCCAACAUAGACUACUUUGUUGGGCAGGAUCCUUUGUACGAUCUGCAAGAUGGAACUUUAGUUAAUCUUCCACCUCCUGAUAGUGGUGUUGGGGCUUAUCUUGCUAAAAGUUGGGAAUCUACCAUUCGACAAGCAAUAGUACCUGUACAAGCCAAUGCAAAACAUGAAGAAACAAGUGCUAGUGAAGAAAAUAUAACGGAUAUGAGUCAGAUUUAUCAGAUUUACCCGGAUGAAGUUCUUGGAUCAGGACAGUUUGGUAUUGUAUAUGGUGGGGUACAUAGAAAAACUGUGAGACCUGUUGCAAUCAAAGUCAUUGAUAAAUUAAGGUUUCCAACAAAACAAGAAGCUCAACUCAAAAACGAAGUAGCCAUUCUUCAGAACUUGUCCCACCCAGGAGUUGUUAAUUUAGAGCGUAUGUUUGAAACACCCGAAAGGAUAUUUGUUGUUAUGGAGAAACUCAAAGGUGAUAUGCUGGAAAUGAUAUUAUCACAUGAUAAAGGCAGGCUGACUGAAAGGGUCACAAAGUUUAUAAUUACUCAAAUAUUAGUAGCUCUAAAGCAUUUACAUAGCAAGAAUAUUGUCCAUUGUGAUUUGAAACCUGAAAACGUACUACUCAGUUCAGAUGCCGAAUACCCUCAAGUAAAGCUUUGCGAUUUUGGAUUUGCCAGAAUCAUAGGAGAAAAAUCAUUUCGAAGAUCAGUUGUAGGAACACCAGCUUAUUUAGCACCAGAAGUUCUUCGAAACAAAGGCUAUAAUAGAUCUCUUGACAUGUGGAGUGUGGGUGUUAUAGUAUAUGUUAGCCUCAGUGGCACCUUUCCCUUUAAUGAAGAUGAAGAUAUCAACGAACAAAUUCAGAAUGCCGCUUUUAUGUAUCCGCCAAAUCCUUGGAAGGAAAUUUCUUCAGAUGCAAUCAAUCUCAUCAAUAAUUUACUUCAAGUGAAGCAGAGGAAAAGGUACACAGUUGAUAAAUCAUUGGUGCACAUCUGGUUACAGGACUACGAAACAUGGUGUGAUCUGAGGACCUUGGAAAACCAAGUGGGUGUGCGAUAUUUAACACACGAAUCGGAUGAUGCGAGAUGGGAGCAACAUAGAUCUUCCCAAUGACCUGAAAAGAGUUGGCUUCACAGUGUCAAAAAGUGCCUUCGUGGUCUUAGGACAUGAGAAACCAAAAUUCGAAUAUGAAUUACUAGCACAAGGAAUUGGACUACCUUAGUGAAGCAUUUAGAACUGACGGUUACUGGAAGUAUUACAAAAAGUUUAUCUAAGAGUAGCAUUUUACAGAAAACCUCAUGAUUAGUAUGCGAAAAACAAGGUAGAGGGUAUUUCAUUAUGAAAUGCGAAUCCGUUAUGGGUAGAUAAGGGACACCCGGUUAGUUCUAAAUAACCUAUAUUUAAUGGAACACAGAUUCUUCAUAACCAAGAUACAGGAUAGUUGAUCAAUUUUGAUCAGUUCGUUAGUUCAACUUUUUUUUCAUAUUUGAUACAUAUAUUCUUCUUCCAAUCUAGUGUCGAGUACUAUAUAAAUAAGGAACCCAUAUCCAUAUCAUUAAAAUUUUAAAACUUUAUUUGAAUUUUAAAAAAGAGCAGGAACAAUUAAGGUAAUUUUAAUAUAUUCAGUAUUUCUGCACAAAAUUUUAAUAUUUAUUAAUUUGACUGAGAUGUAAAUAUUUUGGUAAUAGGGUGUACCAAAUGAUAUUUCUUCCUAAGUGACCAUAUUCGAUAAGCAUUAGUUGAGGCCAGGUUUUAUAUUUCAUUCUCAGAAAUCAUUUAUGUUUCAUUGUUGGUGAUCAUGAUUGUCGCCACAACUGUCUUUCUGUUUAAAAUCUGUAUUCCGUUAAUAAGCUGUCGCCCCCAUACGAACGACAACUCUCAGAAGUCGAGAAAUUUGUGCGAGCUAAGGACUAACGAGAUCUUUUAACGUGUGAUUCCUAACUGUCAAUGUCAUUAGACAAAUGAAUUAAGAUAUUUAGCAUAUUUUAACCAUUUUAUAGAAAGCAGUGUCUCCAAUCAAAAGGUAAAACCCAGCUACCACUUAAAUCCUUAUUGAAUCUCAUUCAAGUGACUGCAUACAAAAAGUAAAAAUCGUCACAGAUAAUAUUGGUGUUGAGUCAGAUACGAAGAAAAACAAUAAAGGAAUUCUAAAGGGAAGCAUAACCGAGCUUAUUUCAUUAUUGGUUUUUAUGAAUGAUAUUUUGGAAAUUUUCAAGGAUAAAAAUAAUGAUCCUUAUCAGAUAACAAAAUAUGCUGAUGAUUAGAAUCUAUUAAUAUCCGACAACUAUUUUCCAGAUUUGAUAAUUCAAUCAAACAAAUUGAUAAAUAACGGGCCCUUUUUUUCAACACAACAAUGAAAAAUCCAAACCGCAAAUGAAAUGAAAUUAAAAAACUAUACAAUAUUCAUAGGUUAGGUCCAAAG